GUAGAGUGGGAUAUGAGCGAAAAGCAGAACAAUCCAGAAGAUUUUGCCUUGAAACUUUGUGCGGAAUUGGGGUUAGGCGGGGAAUUUGUCACGGCAAUUGCCUAUUCCAUUCGUGGACAGCUCUCUUGGCAUCAGAGAACUUAUGCUUUUAGUGAAGCUCCACUUCCCACUGUGGAGGUACCUUUCAGGACACCCAGUGAAUCGGAUCAGUGGGCCCCUUUCCUGGAAACCCUUACUGACGCCGAAAUGGAAAAGAAGAUUAGGGAUCAAGAUAGAAAUACCCGCCGAAUUAGGAGGCUGGCGAAUACAACACCCGGAUGGUAGAAUAAUAUUGCGUAAAGCACAUAUUGUACUCGUUCGAACAUCUAUGUUGAUUCUGCUUCAAGUGUUUACAUUUAGUUUGUCGCAACUAACAAAAUUAUUUAUACAAGUAAAUUCUAUAGGUAUAUUCCCUAAAUCAUAUAUAAUUGAUUUGCAAAAAAAUUGAGGAUUAUCAAUUUUAAUAAUAUUUGUAAAAAAUAUAAAUGAUGAACACUCAUUUUUAUUCUUCAA